AUGACGGCCAUGUCACUUGUGACCGACCCUCUGACCGUCCUACCUCCAGAGAUUGCUUGGCAUCAAUUUAUCGACGUCACCCACCAAGAAGCUAUUUACACAUCCGAAGCCAAAACCGUCCAGCCACCUGGAGGUAGCCGGGAUUUCUCCUUCCUCUCCGAUUCCCACAGCUUUGCCAAAGUAUUCGAGGGCACAAAAUCAUGGAAAGACCUAUGCAAACGUCAGACACUGCUGGCCCGCAAUUGGGCCAAGACGCAUCCAAUCAGCCAGGAAUCGGUGCUACAAAUCGGCAAUGAUCCCGUUUGGCGGUUCCGUGCCGACUUCAAACGCCGCUUUUUUGUUUCCACCUCCCAUGCUGGCGGGUUGAACGUCACUGAUAUGGACACGGGUCGUAUCCUCUGGCAACUCCCUCCGGCGCAGGACACCGACGGAGAUGGAGUUCGCCAACAUGCACACUUGGAGUAUCAGGAUGGAAUGGCCGUGUUUGAUAGUGAUGGAGAUUCCCUCGAGGUUUGGCAGGCGGAUCAAGAAGGUGCAAAGCGUGGAGAGUUCCGGCGCAUCGCUAUCUUGAACCAUGAUUGCCAGACGAGAGGAUUCCAAUUGUCCUACUGGACUCUCUGUGUUGUUUCCAACGAGGGCCAGGGCUUUGUGUACGAUAUGACACAGCGACCCCCUACAUUGACCAAACAUUUGAAGAUUGAGAGAGGUGGUAUUGGUCAUCUGGACCAAAGCGAAGAUAUUGUGAUCUACUCUAUGGGAGAAAAAGGCUAUUUUGCCUACAACAAGGAGUCUGGUGCAUUUUUAGGGACGUUGAAGCCGUCGAAGUUGACAGAAAAAUAUCACAUUCUUCCUCCCCAAGUCGACGCAGCACUAUCAGGGGCUGCACAGCUUGGCCCAACACCUCAACCCCUCCUACCCGGGACUUUCCGAAAAGAUCGUUUGGUGCCAAUUGAGGUUGCCAAAGGGCCACUGUCACCACCAGAUGACCCAGAGCACGUCUGGUAUGAGAAUGAUGAAUGGGGAGCGGGAAUGUUGCACGGCGAUCUCUUCGUGGGCUUCUCUCGCGCUGGUCGUGUUUUUAUAUGCCCUGAUUUCCGCAAGGCUCUCCGUGAUGAAGCUAGUCUCGCGGCAAACAGCUCAAUCCUGGAAUGUGAAUCAGAUGGGUCAGGCUUUGACCUAGGUGGCUGGUUAUCAAUCCGCAACCACCGUGUGAUGUUCGAAAUUCAGGAUCGGAUCUAUAUCGUCGCCCUUGAUGACAACGAUAGGGUUCAAAAUUUGGAGAAUCCUGCCCGUGCUUCGUAUUCGCUGCUCACCAGCUCUGCGCCACAGCUUGCUGUGCCGAUCAGUUACAUGGCAUUGGCUGACGAUGCUAUUAUGACUACUUAUACCACCCUUGGCUGGCGUGAAUCCAACGUUCCAGGCGGCGCCCCUCCACCACAAGGCAGAGAUCUUCCUCGCGUCUUUCCCACAAAAGUUAUCCGCGUGCUAAGCCUGACCCCUAAUCUCCCUAAUGAAUCUUCCUCUGUCCCCGGCGGCAUGAAUGAGUUUUCAACCUUGGAUAACGGGGUCCUUGGUGGACCCAGUCCAAAUUUGCCAUCCGAAGACGCCUCCCGCACACAGGCAGGGUUGCUACAGCUGCUUAGCAUGCUUGGCGAAGAAGCGGAUUUUGAACAGAACGAUAGUGAAGAUGAAUGGGAGAGUAUGGACGAGGACGGGGAUGGGGAUGAGGAUGAAGAGGAGAAUUAG